GUUGGCGGGGGGCGAAUAGGUUUCCGAGUGGACGAAUGUGCAAAACCAGACCGACCUGAUCCUUGGUGAGAGAUCGACCCAUCUCCAUGGGUUAAACUGACCCAGCACGAAGCGUGAGUUGACUCAGAGUACGCUUGCUGUACUGACCGUGUCUAUGAGUCUAUCCUGAGUUAGUUUAUCAAUACUGAUAGAAGUCUACUAGUCUACCUGCUUAUUGCCUUCACAUUUAUGUAUGCUUUCUACUACUAGAGGAUAGCUGUUACUGGGAACGGAGACUUUACGGUGAAAUUAAGUGGACAGAUGAACUAAAGCUGGAGGUCUUUCCUCCAGUACGGCUGUGUUGGGGGGCAGGGGGCGACUGGGUAUUGGUUUAACAUGGAGAAGCAGGAAUGCAGUGUGGAAGCCCUGCAUCCUCCUACGGAGCAGUGUUUCAAAGCGAAACUUUGGGUGAAGAAGACAUGUCGUAAUUAAUGCUGUGUCUUCCUAAUCCUCAGUGACGGAAUGCCAGGACAACCCUCAACUAUGAACCAGCUCCUGUAAAAGUCAUUUCCUUCAUAAACCACUUGGUCUUGUUACAAACCAUAACAAAAUGUCCUCUCUGGAUCGGAAGCGUGAUAAAUCCAAACCGUUCACCCUGACUCCCAGCACCCAGAGGAAGACCAGCGCAGAGAUUGUCAACGAAGCUCGUCAGUCGCUGCGGACCCUACGCACACAGCGACCUUUUACCCCCAGAGAGAACCACAGGCAGCUGUUUGGGAAUAGCUCAACCCGCGCCCUCCAUGAGGGGCGACCUCCGUCCGCGUUCAGCCUCCACUCUCGGAACUUUGACUCUCCAGAAUCCAGGCCAGGUUCCGGAAAUCGCCUCUCUCCACUAAAUCAUAAGCCCAGGUUGCCUGUGGGGCCAGAUGAGGAGCCCGUCAUCCCCAAGACUCUCCCCAGACCCCCCUCCAACCCUCUGGAGCUGAGGGAAGGUGGGGGGUGGACAGGGGGGAGGGCUCGCAUCCUCAGAGCUGGGUCUCUGACCACACUGCCUCCUGUGUCAAGGCCAAGAGAGAUGAGGGAGACAGUAAACCCAGACUCCAGCCCAGAGCAGAAGGAGCUGUUAGCCAGGGGGAGGGACAGGAGACCCCCCAGGACUGAGUUCCCUGGGGGUCCAGAGAAGGAUCAGAUCAGCCCCCCCAGACCAGCCCUUCGCAGGACAAGCAGUGAAAGUAGAAUUAGAUGUCCUCCCAUUUGUGUCGUCUCAUCCAACGCACCAGCCAAGCAGAGUGCAUCAGCCAGAAAAGAGUUAAAUCCUGGAGACAAAGCAGGGUGCCAGGUGGAGCUGGCGGAUACCGUGGUCUGGGACAGCGACAUAGCUCCUCUCCUUCUGAAGCUGGAGUGUGUUGCUGCAGGUGGAGCUGAGGACUCUGUGGAUAGCCUGUGUGACGUGUGCAACCGUCUCCAUGGCGCCCUGGCGGAGCGAGGCAUGCUGGGUCGGCAUUGCAAGAGGAGGGCGGGACUACUCAGGGCACUGUUCCGCCUGAUAGACCUCAACUCCGCCCAGCUCAAUCUCCAUCUUGUCAAACUGUGCAUAGCUCUGAGUGUAAGUGGUAACAACCUGCUGAACAUAUGUAAACUCAUGUUCAAGAUCAGCCGGAGUGAGAGCAACGACACCUUCUUCCACAACAACUCCAUCAUUGACUCCCUGCUGUGUGUGCUACACAGUGAGGAUGUGAGUGUGUCUGGCGAGGCUCUUCUCUACUGCGUUGGCACUCUGAAGUUCUUGUCUGGCAACAGCUCCCUUGCCAGGCUCCUAUUGGUUAAGGACUGUAUGGGUGUGGCCUCCCAGCUCAUAAAGAAGCUCCACCCAGUUUCCCAGCCAUGCCACUCCCAGCUGACAAUGGCAGGACACAUCCUGGUGCAGCUGACUGCAACCCUUAGGAACCUGGCUGAUCUCUCAGAUUCCCGCCCUCUCUUUAUCAACCACGGCAUCCUAUCAGAGCUCUGCCUGGUGCUCCACUAUCACCACGGAGACCAGGACAUCUGCACCAACAUUGCCAGAAUAUUCAGUAAGCUGUCGUCCUACCGGGAGUGCUCCCUGGCCCUGGCCCAGACCCCCGCCUGCUACGACCUAUUUAUACUACUGCUGAGCAAACACCAGCGGAAACAGGACAUGGUGGUGCGCCUGCUCUUCAUUCUGGGUAACCUGGCGUCCCGGAGCGAGGAGGCCAGGGAGCAGCUGUACCAGACCCCACAGUGUGUGGAGGUUCUCCUGGAACUCUACCACACCUACCAGGAGAGACGGGAAGCCCCCACCACCCUAGCCCAGACCAGGGACCCAACCAAGGGCCCUCACAAGCCCCCCACCCCCCGAGACCAAGCCAGGGACUCUGGAGCAGGGGGCCAGGAUGUCCUGGUGAAGCUGGUGAGGGUGCUGGCUAACAUGUCCAUCCACUCAGCUGUGGGCCCAGCGCUGGCUGCCAGCACACCCUGUGUACAGCUGCUGCUAGACACACUGGAGCUAGGGUGUUUACCGGAGAACGAGGAGCUCCUGGUAAACGUGGCGGCCACCAUCAACAACCUGUCAUACUACAAAGGAAGCAGCUCUGUGGUCCGAGCCAGACAACUGCCCAUUGCCCAGAUGCUGUUGAAGCUGCUUCUCAGCUCCAGUAUGGAAGCAGUCCUGGAGGCCACCCGUGUGUACGGAAACCUGUCCCAGUCCAGGGACGUCCGGGACUUCAUCAUGCAACACCAGGUGCACCUGUUUGUGCUGACUCUGCUGGACUCAAAGAGUCCUGAUGUGUGUUUCUCUGCCUGCGGGGUGCUCAUCAACCUGGCCCUGGACCCCCUCAGCAGAACCACACUGACGCAAGAGGGGGCUGCCACCAAGCUGGCAGACUGUCUGAGGGACUUUGGGCCCGUUGACUGGCAGCUGGGGGGGCUGGUGUGUCAGACCCUGUGGAACCUACUGGAGGUGGGGGGGGCAAAGAGAGAGUCCCCCCAGACACUGGAUGACCAGGAGAGAGGGGCCCUGCUGGACAUCCUCAGUCUGUACCUCGAUGAAAGAGAGGCUCUGCAGUGGAACCCCAGUGACGAUAUGAGGGACUUUCACCGGGCAUGCUGGGAGUUGGAGUUCCUGCCAGUGGCUCAGAGGCUGAGGAGCAGGAUCCAGUCUGAGACUACCUGACUGGUUAAGGAACUGGCAGACUUGCUGUUGGCAGUGGCUUGCUUAUUGAUGGACUAGAUGACUGGCUGUCUGGCUUACUAACUGACUGACUGAUUGACUGGCUGGUUUAUUAACAGAAUGAGACUGAAUCACUUACUGACUGGCUGACUGAUUGAUUGACUGACAGAUUGACUGGCUGAUGGACUGGGUAGCAGAGUGACUGGCAGGCUGACCAGUUAACGGAUCGACUAUCUGACUGGUUAGCUGACUGGCUAAUCUUUUCAAGACCUGUUCCUAACUGUGUUGCCCUGUGUGCCUCUUUGCAGUGUGCAUUCUCUGUAGUGUACUUCCUCUGUAGUCUACUUCCUCUGUAGUGUACUUCCUUUGUAGUGUACUUCCCCUAAAGUUUCCAUGAAGGUACUUCCUCUGUAGAGUACUUCCUUUGUAGUGUACUUCUUCUAAAGUUUCCGUAAAGGUACUUCCUCUGUAGUGUACUUCCUCUAGAGUGUACUUCCUCUGUAGUGUACUUCCUCUAAAGUUUCUGUAAAGGUACUUCCUCUGUAGUGUAUUAUUUUUAACACACUACUUAACAUGGCUGCAUUUGGGAGGUAGGUCUGUCUAUAUAUGGCUCCAUGCACUUUAAUCCUACAUUCCCCAGAAUCCUUUGAUGAGAAGAGCUCUGAGCCUCCUGGGUAUCUGUCACAAGCUGUUUGCACUUUGAAAUUUGAAGCCGAUAAAAUCAUUUCUAUAUUGAAUGUGCGGUGUUGUAUAUGUUUGUUAGUGUGCCUUCAUGAUUAUUUUACCAAAAUAUCAAAAUUGAAUCGCUGAAGAUGGGAUAAUGUUUGUAAUCUGGAGGUCAAUUUCUCCUCUGUGGAUAGUGGAACAUCUACUGUACAUAAUAAACCACACAGUAAAAA